AUGUCGUUUGAGAGGGUGAUUUUAGCCUUAGCUUCAUCUUUUUUGGUAUCCUGUGUUGGACCAACCUUUAAACCAUCAACCACCACCUUUAAACCAUCAACCACCACCUUUAAACCAUCAACCACCACCUUUAAACCAUCAACCACCAUAACUACAACCACUGCACCAACCACUCCACAACCUCCUCAUAACGUUGAUGGAGUCUUUGUUGAGACACGACACAGGACCUCAUUAACACUGCGAUGGAACAAAGUAAACAACAGCAGUGCAUACAAUUACAGUCUAGGUGAAAUAUUCAUUAGUGGAGCUAAGGCAGGUGUGGUAGUGACAUGCACAGUGUCACCUCUUACUCCUGGGGCCGAAUACGACUUCAUCCUCUACACUGUAUUUAAUGGAAUAAAGAGCAGUGGAUACAACUUUUCUGAAGUCACCACUCCUCCUAACAUUGACGAAGUCUAUGUUGACAAACGAAACAAGACCUCAUUAACACUGCGAUGGAACAAAGUAAACAGCAGCAGUGCAUACAAUUACAGUCUAGGUGAAAUAUUCAUCAGUGGAGCUGAGGCAGGUGUGGUAGUGUCACACAUAGUGUCAUCUCUUACUCCUGGGGCCGAAUACGACUUCAUCCUCUACACUGUAUUUAAUGGAAUAAAGAGCAGUGGAUACAACUUUUCUGAAGUCACCACUCCUGCCAACGUUGACAAAGUCUACAUUGAGACACGAACCGAGACCUCAUUAACACUGCGAUGGAACAAAGUAAACGACAGCAGUGCAUACAAUUACAGUCUAGGUGAAAUAUUCAUCAGUGGAGCUGAGGCAGGUGUGGUAGUGUCACACAUAGUGUCAUCUCUUACUCCUGGGACCAAAUAUGACUUCAUCCUCUACACUGUAUUUAAUGGAAUAAAGAGCAUUGGAUACAACUUUUCUGAAGUCACCACUCCAUCUAGAGUCACCAAGGUCUCUGUACAGGCACGCAGUGAGACCUCAUUAACUCUGGAGUGGCAAAAAAUAAACAACAGCAACGACUAUGAUUACAGACUAGGCUACAAUGGAAUGGAAGUCAACAUCAAUGGAUCAGAAACAGAUCUUAUAGUGAAUCACACAGUGUCAUCUCUUGCUCCUGGGACUGAAUAUAACUUCAUCCUCUACACUGUAUUUAAUGGAAUCAAGAGCAGUGGAUACAACUUUUCUGAAGUCACCACUCCAUCUAGAGUCACCAAGGUUUCUGUACAGGCACGCAGUGAGACCUCAUUAACUCUGGAGUGGCAAAAAAUAAACAACAGCAACGACUAUGAUUACAGACUAGGCUACAAUGGAAUGGAAGUCAACAUCAAUGGAUCAGAAACAGAUCUUAUAGUGAAUCACACAGUGUCAUCUCUUGCUCCUGGGACUGAAUAUAACUUCAUCCUCUACACUGUAUUUAAUGGAAUCAAGAGCAGUGGAUACAACUUUUCUGAAGUCACCACUCCGUCUUCAGUCACUAACGUCUCUGUAAAGGAUCGCAGUGAGACCUCAUUAACACUGCAGUGGAACAAAGUGAACAACAGCAACGAUUAUGGUUACAUACUGAGCCACAACCAAGGAAACAAAAGUAUUGAUGUCUCAAAAAAAGAAGAUUUUGUAGUGACAGAAACAGUCUCAAAUCUUACUUCUGGAACGAAAUAUGAUUUCACACUUUACACGGUAUUUAAAGGAGUAAACAGUCAGGGAUACAACUUUUACCAAGUUACCACUCCACUUGCAGUUGACCGUGUUCUUGUACAGAAUCAAACAGAAACUACAUUAGAUCUGGAGUGGAAUAAAGUGAACAACAACAUAAAUUACAAUUACGUACUGAACUAUGAUAAAGAAAACAUAAACAUCAAUGGAUCAGAAGGAGGUUCUGUGGUAAAACGCACAGUCUCAAAUCUUACGUCUGGGACUAAAUACAUUUUUACUCUUCACACUGUAUUUGAGGUAGUUAAGAGCAAAGCAAACAACUUCAGUGGUGUCACUAAUCCAUCUAAAGUUGAAGGUUUACACUGCAAGUAUUCAUCAGAGGGCUACGCUCUUCUUCUUGUUUGGGACCCCCCAGUUGGUAAGAGGACAUCAGUGCAGGUGAACAUAAGCAGCAAAAGCUACAAUCAGCCGGAUGUAAGACGGAUGUCUAUUGGGGGACUGAUGCCUGCCCAGUGGUACACUCUGACAGUGACCUCUUUAUCUGGACCGUUGCAGAGUGCACCUGUUUUAAAAACCUGUCAGACUGAUCCAAGAGGAGUCAUAGCAGGUAUUUUAGUAUUUCUACUGCUGGCCAUUCUCGUCAUUCUUAUUGGUGUAUUUAUAUGGCGACGCAAGAAAGGGCUUCCCAGUGUAUUACACAAGCCUAAAUCAUCCGAGACCAAAGAGUGUGAUGAAAAACAUAAGCCAGUUUCUCUGAGUAGGUUUCCUGAGCACUUCAGUUCUAUGAAUUGUGAUGACAAAAGGGGUUUCCGUGAGGAAUAUCAGGAUUUAAGUAUGGUGGGUAAAGAUCAGAGUUGCUCAGUUGCUGUACACCCAGACAACCAGCGCAAGAACAGGUUUACCAACGUACUGGCAUAUGAUUCAUCUCGUGUAAAGCUCUCUGAACAAUAUGGUGAAGGUUCUGACUACAUCAAUGCUAACUACAUGCCCGGUUACGGAGGUAAUAGCGAGCAGUACAUAGCUUCUCAGGGACCUCUUCCUGCUACUGUCAAUGACUUCUGGAGAAUGGUUUGGGAGCAGAAGUCCCCAGCUAUUGUCAUGCUGACCAGGUGUAUUGAAGGAGGAAGGACUAAAUGUGAGCAGUACUGGCCUCUAGACUACACACCAUGUACCUAUGGAAGCCUGCACGUCACUGUCCAAUCAGAGCAAAAAGAGAGAAGCUGGACACGACGAGAAUUUCUUGUCAGGAAUAUGUCUACUAAUAAGGAGCGGACAGUGACGCACUUCCAUUUCACAGCCUGGCCCGAUCAUGACGUUCCCAAAGAAACAGACGACAUAAUGGAAUUCCGAGGGAUUGUACGCGAGCACAUUCAAAGUUCUUCAUUUACGGGACCUGCAGUAGUUCACUGCAGUGCGGGAGUGGGCAGAACAGGAACCCUGAUUGCCCUUGAUAUUUUACUGCAGCAGAUGAACAAAGAAGGAUCAGUCAGCGUCUAUGACUGUGUGCAUCGCAUGAGGCUCAGGCGACCUCUCAUGGUGCAGACGGAGUCUCAGUAUGUGUUCCUGCACCAGUGCAUCAUGGAUUCUCUUCAGCCUAAAGAAGACCCCACCCCAGAUCCUAUAUAUGAAAAUUCUGCUAUUAUUUACAGUAACAUCAUGGCUCUACAACAGUAUAAAACAGCCAACCCUCAAGUCUGAACGUUACACUGACUGCUAAUCUUACAACACCAGAAUGAUCCAUAAUUCCUGAUGUCAACAUUCAUCAAUCAUCAUAUCAUAAUAGUCUUUAAUGCAAUGUUAAAGAAUAAAUAUUUGCCUGUCAUAAUUAUGAUGUCAGCUGACAAUGUUGUACCUAUUGUAAGAUUAAACAUUUAA